UAGAUUUUUAUUCUUUUCCAAUUCUAAAUUCUUUGUAUUGAAGUAUAUAUUUCCAUAAUAACUACUAUAAAUAUCAAUAUUUUCUAAAAAUGACUUGUUUGCAAGAAUAUUCUACUGGCAAUGGCGAAGGAGUUGCGGAAGCUAUCGGAAAUUGGGGUUUUUCUAACAGAACUUGUAGCAGUGGUCAAGAACUUAGUCGCUUGAAAUGUUUAUUUGCUAAGAUGGAUUGUUUGCGUACUACAAAACCUAUGACGUAUGUACAAUAUAAUCCUAAAUAUGAUCCUGAAGCGUGGUAUGUUAAACCAAGUCCCGAGGGAUGUAAGCCUGCAUGGACAUUUCCUGAAAAUAGACCCUUAAUAACUUACAAUUCAAUAGGAAAUAUCGUAAUGGUGUCCAAUUUUAAUAACGUUGCAUCCGACUUAGUUUACAAGAUACCCGGUAGAACAUAUAUGUUGCAAGGUGUAAGUAGGCAUCUAAAUAUUGUACGUACAAAUACCUUUUUAUCUUUGUUAAUUUAUUUUCUAGUCAGACAAAUGGUAUCGAAGAGGUCCAGAUUGUUGCCCACAACCAAGUUGUUUAGCACCUCAGUGUACACAAACUUGUUAUAUUUAAACAAUUGUAUAGCUUAUAAUAAGCAAAGAAUAUAUGUGUAUCAUUGCUUUAACCCGCAUUCUGUGAGAGAUUUUUUAUCAUAUAAUUUUGAGGAUAUAGAAGAACAGUGAAAUCAUCACUUGCAAAGA